CUAUUAACACGCGCUGACAUCCAAGACUUUAUUGCGCGUGCGUUCCAAUUCGAAUCACACGGGAGGCAUAUCAUUUGGGCAACCUGCCAAUUUAUUUCACCCUAUAUUUAGCUUCUGGCGGUAGCCUUAGGCAUCAACCACAACCGACCAGUUUUCAUCUUCCAACACACCCAAUUCUCCCAAUUUACACACUAUCGAUUGCGGUUUUUGUUGCAAAUCACUACCGCACUUUUAUGAGUGCCUACUGUGAACGCUCACACCAUUUUUCCUGUUACCUGUUCUGUAAUACCUCCUCUCCUUUUCUCCCCCGCUUUCGUUAUAUUCAUUUCUUAUCCAUUUCUUAUCCAUUUCUUUUUAAUUAUGUCUGCCUGGCUGGAUUCUCUGUCGGGCGAAUUCCGCAUCGGGUUCCUGGUCAGCUCUGCCGCAUUCAACGUCAUUUUCCACAGCAUUCGGUACCAGGGCGCUCUGACGACAGAAAAGCAGCUAGCGUGGAUCCUGACAUUCACUACAUGUGUGGUGGUCACCACCGGGUCAUUGCCAUACGUGGCUACCUUGAUUGCUAGCGGAUUCGAUGUCAGCAAGAUCGUGUACACCGACACCUUCUCACAAAUGCUGAUUGGUCCUGUUUCUUGCGUACCUGUUCUGGGAUCUGGCACUAGGCCUGGUUUAUUAUCGGUCGACAAUAUCGGUGCUGACCGGGUACAUCCACCACACACUAUAUAUUGUCAUAGUACUGUACCUGGCUGCACAUGGCGUAUCAGCCAUUUUCGUCUUAAUGUGCUACAACGAGCUGCCGACAAUCGUCCUGGCACUGGGCCACAUGCGCAAAGAAUGGCGGAGCGAUAUUCUGUUCGCCCUUGACGUUCUUUCUAACCCGCAUCCUGAUGCACGUAAUCAUGAUGGUCAAGUUCUACAGGAUACUCAGAGU